CAGGUUUUGUUUGUUGGUGCUUGCCAGGUUCUGUUUGUUGGUGUUUGCCAGGUUUUGUUUGUUAGUGUUUGUGGAGGUGCAGCAUGUGUCGACUUUGUGACUUUCCCUCCCCAGAACACAGAGAGUACACAGUCGCUUUGUAGGACAGUUUAGAGAUAGCUGUUUCUGCAGCUCAGAUAAAAGGAUGGGAGGGCUUACUGGCCUGGACGUCACUGCAAACUGCUGUUUAAAGGAAUAACUAUCAGAUUACUUUUCUAGCUGAGAUCUGGAAAAAAGCAUCACAGUGAGCUGUCUGUGAGAAAAAAAUAUGUGAAAGAAAAGUGGGGACUAACAUUCACGGACUGGGCGAUUUGGCUGCUUGAUGUGAGUAUCACUACAGCUGCAUGGUGCAACUGUCCAGUGCCAAGGAAGCCCUGAACAUGGUGCCUUGCCACUAGUCAGCUAUUAUUUUGACCCUGGAGCUGCAGAUUUACUGGAGCAAAGAUUAUCUCGUUCCUGGAGCUGCAGAUUUACUGGAGCAAAGAUUAUCUCGUUCCUGGAGCUGCAGAUUUACUGGAGCAGAGAUUAUCUCGUUCCUGGAGCUGCAGAUUUACUGGAGCAGAGAUUAUCUGGAUUCUGGAGCUGAGCAGUUACUGGAGCAGAAAUUAUCUGGUUCCUGGAGCUGCGGAUUUACUGGAGCAGAGAUUAUCUGGACCCUGGAGCUGAGUACUUACUGGAGCAGAGAUUAUCUGGUUCCUGGAGCUGCAGAUUUACUGGAGCAGAGAUUAUCUGGUUCCUGGAGCUGAGUACUUACUGGAGCAGAGAUUAUCUGGUUCCUGGAGUUGAGCAGUUACUGGAUCAGAGAUUAUCUGGUUCCUAGAGCUGCAGAUUUACUGGAGCAGAGAUUAUCUGGACCCUGGAGCUGAGUACUUACUGGAGCAGAGAUUAUCUGGUUCCUGGAGCUGAGCAGUUACUGGAUCAGAGAUUAUCUGGUUCCUAGAGCUGCAGAUUUACUGGAGCAGAGAUUAUCUGGACCCUGGAGCUGAGUACUUACUGGAGCAGAGAUUAUCUGGUUCCUGGAGCUGAGCAGUUACUGGAUCAGAGAUUAUCUGGUUCCUAGAGCUGUGGAUUUACUGGAGCAGAGAUUACCUGGUUCCUGGAGCUGAGCAGUUACUGGAUCAGAGAUUAUCUGGUUCCUAGAGCUGUGGAUUUACUGGAGCAGAGAUUACCUGAGCAGGAACUUGGACGGCUCACAGGGCUAACCGUGCCCCAGGAUUGUGGUCAAUCUCAGACAAGCACCUUGCACCAUGUCAGAUUAUAGUAAGUGUCCGCUGACUUUUUCUACUGCACGUUGUUAUAGUAUCUGGCAAAUACAUAAAUUCCAAGGGUUAACAGAGUCCCAUAUAUCAGUAGCACAUUAUACUUAUUAUAUUUGUUUAUAGAGAUCUGUUAACCCUUUAAUGGCUGCCAAAAUGCCAGGGGUUUGAAUUAAUCUUUGUUAUAAAGACGUUAAUGCUUAAUACAAAUACAGAUAAAGUAAAAACAUACAAUAAUAAGAAUUAAUAAUUAGCAAUUAAAUAAUUUAACACAUACGUUGGGUACACAAGUUUUAAAUACCUAGAGCCAUUCAGGCACAAUGCAGCAAGAGGGUGAGGGUGGCACUGCGUCUGUAUUCAAUGUGACUCUAAUAAUAUUGCUUCAUGCAGCCUCCAGCGAGGCCCUCACUCUGCUUACCAUUCAGCCUCCACCAAGGCACCCACUUUGCUUCCCUAUUCAGCCUCUACCAAGGCACUCAGUCUGCUCCCCAUUCAGCCUCCACCAAGGCCUUCACUCUGCUUCCCAGUCAGCCUCCACCGAGGCCCUCACUCUGCUCCCCAUUCAGCCUCCACCAAGGCCUUCACUCUGUUUCCCAGUCAGCCUCCACCGAGGCCCUCACUCUGCUUCCCAUUUAUUCUCCACCAAGGCCCUCACUCUGCUUCCCAGUCAGCCUCCACCGAGGCCCUCACUCUGCUUCCCAUUCAGCCCCCACCGAGGCCCUCACUCUGCUUCCCAGUCAGCCUCCACCGAGGCCCUCACUCUGCUUCCCAGUCAGCCUCCACCGAGGCCCUCACUCUGCUUCCCAUUCAGCCUCCACCGAGGCCCUCACUCUGCUUACCAUUCACCCCCCACCGAAUACUUCACUCUGCUUCCAUUCAGCCUCCACCAAGGCCUUCACUCUGCUUCCCAGUCAGCCUCCACCAAGGCCCUCACUCUGCUUACCAUUCAGCCUCCACCGAGGCCUUCACUCUGCUUACCAUUCAGCCUCCACCGAGGCCUUCACUCUGCUUAGCAUUCAGCCUCCACCAAGGCACUCACUUUGCUUACCAUUCAGCCUCCACCGAAGCCCUCACUCUGCUUCCCAGUCAGCCUCCACCGAGGCCCUCACUCUGCUUCCCAGUCAGCCUCCACCGAAGCCCUCACUCUGCUCCCCAUUCAGCCUCCACCAAGGCCUUCACUCUGUUUCCCAGUCAGCCUCCACCGAGGCCCUCACUCUGCUUACCAUUCAGCCUCCACCGAGGCCCUCACUCUGCUUCCUAGUCAGCCCCCACCAAGGCACUCACUCUGCUUCCCAGUCAGCCUCCACCGAGGCCCUCACUCUGCUUCCCAUUCAGCCCCCACCGAGGCCCUCACUCUGCUUCCCAGUCAGCCUCCACCGAGGCCCUCACUCUGCUUCCCAGUCAGCCUCCACCGAGGCCCUCACUCUGCUUCCCAUUCAGCCUCCACCGAGGCCCUCACUCUGCUUACCAUUCACCCCCCACCGAAUACUUCACUCUGCUUCCAUUCAGCCUCCACGAAGGCCAUCACUCUGCUUACCAUUUAGCCCCCACUGAAUCAUUCACUCUGCUUCCCAUUCACCUUCCACCUAGGCCCUCACUCUGCUUCCCAUUUAUUCUCCACCGAGGCCCUCACUCUGCUUCCCAUUCAGGCUCCACCGAGUGUAGCGGAGCUCCCUGUACCCCGGCUGGGUAACUCCGCCAGAGGGGUUGCUUCCUAGCUGGAACCAGGAAACAGAUGGGGAAAUUGGUCUUUUAGUCCUUACAAGAACUUUCCCCGCUACAUCCCCUGCAAGCUGGAACAGCAGACACAAGGGUUAAAUCUUCCUUCCCUCCAGUAACCAGACGAGACACAGUUCUGGAAGUACAAACUCUGACAAUCUUUAUUUGGAACACACAGCUUUUAUACACAGACGGGUCUCCAUUCAGUUCAACACAAUCCCAGGCAGUAGGGGGUUGGGUUACAUAUAGUCAUCUCCUGCUCUGGGAGAUACCAACAGUACACAGGGACACACAUUAAAACAUAUUCCAUACGGGGGGGGGGUGACAUUUGGGCCUUGGGGCUUCUGGAGUGAACGGGUGACACAGAUAAAACCUACAUCCAUAGAUAGCCCGGGUCCCAUCUGGGAUCCCUGCAAAAAGCAGGGCGAUCGGAUGUACAGAGCCCAAGAAAUUGUUGUCUAAAGUCUGGGGCUUGAGGCUCUGUACAUCCAUGAAAUUAGUUCCAUGAAGUUGCUUGGUUUAUUCUGGAGAAUUCAAACUUCGCGCCCAACCCAAGCAACAACCAAUCAGUUGAAAGACGUGAAACCAAAUUGCGGCAAUCAGCUCGCAGGGAGGAGUUUCAUCGCCCAAUCAUGUGAAAGGGCGCGAAACUUGGUUACACCAGGGUGGAGAGGGGUUUUGCUGUCCAAUCAGGAGAAAGGGCGUGAAACCCAGUUUGAAAGGGUGCUCCUUCUGUGAUUGUUCACCUGUGCCCCGCAGCGACCAACUAGCACCCGUUCUUGACGACCAGUCAGGAGAAUGACACAAACCCAGUUUGAAUGUGCAUGCCCUCUCCCAUUGGUCAACAUGGACUUCAAUGCGGCCAGCAGGACCCCUGUGGCUGUGUAGCCGACUCACAGCUCCAGGGAUGCCGCUGGGGCUUGCACCCCUCUCUGAGGGCUACCUCCACUCAGGUAGCACUGGAGAGAGUGCUCUCUUGGGCAGCUAUGAGCCUAGCCUCGUAGCUCCCGGGCAGGAGGGUAAACAGUGAUUAUAGCUCUGUUAGGAGCAGGUACGGCGACCCCCAACACAGGGACCUGAAAACAAUGCAAGCAUGCCCGUUCGGGAAACAAAUGAUUCCCUUGGUGGGCGUUUGGCUAUACGAAUCAGUGGCCACACAGGGGAAGCACUCGCCACUUGUUUUCCUUGCGGUUUGUGGUUUUGACACCUUGUUACAAGGUGUGAACGUUCUGUAUAAACGUUCUAAAUGAGGUAUCUGGGUAGUCCCCAUUCGGGAGACAAGCAGGUUCCAUUCGUAUGCGCUCUCCCAAACGGGGAGCAGGUAAAACACACAAAUACAUCACAAUUACAUGGGGAAACACAGAAUACAAGGGAAAACAGUGGGAAUAAACAUUGGGAACACAAAAUAUAAGGGCAAGACAUAUGAAUAUUCAGUGGGCAUGGUACUUAGUGGCGGUGGCCUGCCACACCGAGGCCCCCACUCUGCUUCCCAUGCAGCCCCCACUGAGGCCUGUACUCUUUCAACCUACAUAGAGGCCCUCACUUUACUUCCCAUUCAGCCUCCACUUAGGCCCUCACUUUGCUUCCCAUUCACUGUCCAACGAGACCCUCAAUCUGCUUCCCAUUCAGCCUCCACUGAGGCCCUCUUUCUGCUUUCCAUUCAUUUUCCACCGAGGCCCUCACUCUGCUUCCCAUUCAGUAGCCACUGAGGACCUCACUCUGCUUACCAUUCAGCCCCCACCGAGGCCCUCACUCUGCUUCCCAUUCAGCCUCCACUGAGGCGCUCAUUCUGCUUCCCAUUCAGUGGCCACUGAGGCCCUCACUCUGCUUCCCAUUUAGCCUCCACUGAGGCCCUCACUCUGCUUCCCAUUCAGCCCCCACCGAGGCCCUCACUCUGCUUCCCAUUCAGCCCCCACCGAGGCCCUCACUCUGCUUCCCAUUCAGCCUCCACGAGGCGCUCACUCUGCUUCCCAUUCAGUGGCCACUGAGGCCCUCAAUCUGCUUCCCAUUUAGCCUCCACUGAGGCCUUCAUUCUGCUUCCCAUUCAGCCCCCACCAAGGCCCUCACUCUGCUUCCAAUUCGGUUUCCAUUCAGACUGACACACUCCACCUCUUGCAGCCUGUACCCAGUCAUACACUCCCCAAGCAGCUUCUAUCCAGGCAUGCACACACCUCCUUGUGCGACCUCCAUUCAAGUACAUGCGGUGGUCCCUAUACAGCCUCCAUUUAGGCACACAUAGCUCUCCUUGUAACCUCCACUCUGCUCCCCAUGCAUUACUUAGCUUUAGGUCUGGCAGUGAAUAACGACACUGGGAAUAUCUAGGGCCCGGCUGGUCUGAUUCCCUCAUACCUCCUGUGAUACAGCACAAUGGCCUCUCACUGUAAUCCAGUACAUUAUACCUAGAAGAUAUGAUGGCAAGUUGUAUUUUAUGACAAUAUUACGGAUUUGUUCUGAUUCUGUCUUUUAUUUUGUUUAAGAGUCAGCAUUCAGAUGAAGAAUUUUCUCCGAGCUACAAAUGAUAAGUUAUCAGUAAAAUGAGCAGCAUGUUAGCUAGGAAAAGUAUCAUUCCAGAGGAGUACGUCUUGGCAAGAAUUGCAGCAGAGAAUUUACGGAAACCAAGAGUACGCCCUAACAUACGAAAAUCACGAUUUAUUGCCAAGAAUGGUGCAUGUAAUGUUGCCCAUAAAAACAUCCGUGAGCAGGGCCGUUUCCUUCAAGACAUCUUCACGACUCUUGUGGACCUAAAAUGGAGACACACAGUGGUCAUCUUCACCAUGUCCUUCCUAUGUAGCUGGUUGCUCUUCGCAAUGAUAUGGUGGCUGGUGGCGUUUGCGCACGGAGACUUGGACAUUCGCGAAGGGUUACCGCAGCCAGCACCAUGUGUCACCGAAGUAACGUAAGUAAAAUGGGGAAAUGCUUACAUGGUUAUUCACUAAACGAAGAAUUGGAAGUACAUUCUGAAUUUGAAAAAAGGCCAACCUGACAGAAUAGCUGACUUAGAACAUGUUUCUAUUACAUUUACCUUAAAUUUGAAGUUCACUUGGAAUUCUCACUUUGGUGGUUAGUAUAACACAUAACAUGUGGGUUUUAUCAACCUCUGUAUCUAAAUGCUGUAUUUCAACAAAGUGGUCUGGGACUGGGUGCAGUGGACAUAUAAAACAGUGCGGUUUUGUAGAUACGGCAAUGUUUACAUUACCUUGUUAAAUCCACCUCCAAUGGCUGCCAUACUGACAGCCACAAGAGGUGUGUCCUCCAGAAUGCAGUAAAACUCAUAGCAGCAUUUGAUUGAAUGAGUGGAGCGUUUGGCUGCGCAUGCGAAUCUCGACACCAAGGCUUCUCAAAUAGAAGCAUUAGACUGGAGGAGAUCACAGGUGAAGGCAGCUUGGAUUCUGACGUCUUCGGAGGUGACUAGAGGAGAGCAGUCCCAGCGCUGUAAAUAAGGUAAGUAAAUUUAUGUAUUCCUGACCCUAUAGUGUUAAAACCACCAUCUUGCCCCCCUGGCCCUCCCAUGCCUCCAUAAAUAUAGCAAAAUCUUACUGUAUUCAAGCCAGAAGCUGUAACUCUGCAUGCAGUUUGCCUCAGAAAAUCAAGCAGUCUGCUCACAUGUGGUAGCCUGAUCCAAUCACAAUACUUCCCCAUAGGAUUGGCUUAGACUGACAAGGAGGCAGAUCAGGGACAGAGCCAGCAUGAUUCAAACACAGCCCUGGCCAAUCAGCAUCUCCUCAUAGAGAUGAAUUGAAUCAAUGCAUCUCUAUGAGGAAGGUUCAGUGUCUGCAUGCAGAGGGUGGAGACACCAAAUGUCAGUCACACUGUGCAGCAUUACCCCAGGAAGCACCUCUAGUAGCCAUCUGAGGAGUGGCCAGUGGAGGUAUCCCUAGGCUGUAAUGUAAACACUGCAUUUUCUCUGAAACAAACAGUGUUUACAGCAAAAAGCCUGAAGGUAAUGAUUCUACUCACCAGAACAAAUUCAAUAAGCUGUAGUUGUUCUGGUGACUAUAGUGUCCAUUUAACUUUCAUUUUUACUACCAAAGGGGGUGGACAGUGGUCAUGAUUGACAGAAGGGAACCUACAGUCACAAAAAACAAUUGUUAUUUUCAGAAUAAUAGCUUCACUUUACAAUUAAGGACUCUACUAGACCAGUUAAUUUAUUUUAAAUCAUUUUAUCGGCUAUUAGAUGUUUGUUAUUGGUCACAAACCAUCACACUCAGGGCUGAUGGAGGGACUGAUGGAACUAUUUUAAUUUUUACUACUCUUCACAUGCUUUGUGCAGAGAGAAGCAAGUAUGGAAACGUUCAGCUGUUUAGUAGAUAGCUCCCUAAUUUGGUAUUCUGACUUGGAUUGCCAUAUUUAACCCCUUAAGGACACAUGACAUGUGUGACAUGUCAUGAUUCCCUUUUAUUCCAUAAGUUUGGUCCUUAAAGGGUUAAGGAGCUGUUUACCAAAUUAUGGAACUGUUUAGUAAAUAGCUCUCUAAUUUUACCAUAUUUAAAUGGACAUUUCAUUAAAGUGGUCUGGGUGCAGUGCCCUGUCAGUUUAACCGUGAAAUGGUAAUUAUUGCCAUUUUUGAGUCUACUAGGCAUUUAGCAUUAUGCACUAAAGUUUUCACUAAAUGUUUCCAAAUUAUUUUUCUGAAUUUGUAGCAGCUUUCCUAAAUUGCUUAGUUUUUUUCCCUGCAAUAAAAGGGUUAACUGUCAAUUCUAUAAAUCCAUUCCUUACUUGAAUACCCAUAUGAAUUAUAGUUAUUGCAAUUUUUGAGAAACUCCACUAAUUUCCUUGCAGAGUUAACUCCACUUCUAGUGGCUGCCUACCAGACAGCCACUAGAGGGGUUUCCAGGUGGUUAUGUGAGUUGUGGUCGCCCAACUGACGCUGGAUAUCUUCAUGCUAUUCAGCGUCACCCAAAAUCCCAUAGGAAGGCAUUGUAUAACUCGCGCAUUAGGUCCCCCUCGCCAGCAUGCCUUCUGCACCAUAUAAGGGGGCCUGGCAAUAUAGUUGCCCUUUAAGGAUAGCGGAACAGGGAGUUAUCUACUAAACAGCUGAAAUACCAGAAUUAAAGACGGGCUUUUCUUAAUUUUGACCUUUCUGAUUUUUAGUAGAUAUCUCACUAAAUUAAAUUGAUACCCUACUGUAGGAUUGUCAUAAGGGAAAUGUUACAGGAAAACAAUGAUGAAGUCACGCACACAGAGUCCUGACACAGGUCGAUUUAACCGACCGGGUCUCAGCUGACUCGUGUCCAGGUGUGAGCAUUGCAAUUUUGAAUUACAUGCAUUUUUUAGACUAUACAUCCCCCAAUUAUACCCUUACACCAAUCAGUAAAUGGUAUGCACAGGAUUACAUUAUAUGGAUAGCAACAUGGGACAGGAAGAAGUUGGAAUGUGGUUUCAGGUUUUGCACAUGCUCAUUAUAGAUAUAAUUACUGUAACCUAGAUACGACAUGUGGAGAUUUGGGGCCUGACUGAAAUCCCGUCACAUUCCCCCCUUUGAUGCUUCUGGUACUAGGUAUUCACAUACCAAUGAUUGCCAAUACCAAUCGGGUAAUCACAAGACAGGAGGGAUCAACAAAACUUUUAACUUGGCCCUGGGGUCCACUUAUAAACUUUAUCAGGGUUUGAAUACCGGAUUGUAUGUUACCUCUCUCGGGGCUAAAGGUUUAUACUUCCACAUGGCCCUAACAUGGAUUGCUGUUUUCCUCUCAAUGCUACCAUCAAUAAUAUGGCGUAAAGGGCGUAUAACUAAGAGAGUUAAGCAGGGUAAAAGAAGACACAUACUGAUUAUAAAAAGCAGACACAGGUCGAUUCAGGAAGCAAACAGGUUUAUUGUAACCGGCCGGGUCUCAGCUGACUCGUGUCCAGGUGUGAGCAUUGAAAUUUUGAAUUACAGGCAUUUUAUAGACUCUACAUCCCCAAACUGUACCCUUACACUAAUCAGUAAACAGCAUGCACAGGAAUACAUUAUAUUGAUAGCAACAUGGGACAGGGAGAGGUUGGAAUAUGGUUUCAGGUGCUCAUUAUAGAUAGAAUUACUGUAACUUAGAUACGAUACAUGGAGAUUUUGGGCCUAACUGAAAUCCUGUCACAAUACCACAUAAGUAAGUAAUGUAUUAAACACAGAAGCUCCUUAAUUUGGUAUCCUUCUAUUGUGCUAUUUGGGGAUUCUGAAUUGGGACAAAUGGACGAAUGAGCUGAUUUUUGUCAGAAUUUUGAUUCUUCCAAAAAUAAAUGCCCAAGCCUCCUCUCUACAGGGUCCUCCUGCCCUCCGCACAGCAAGACUGUGUCUAAUGUUUCUCCCACAUUAUGCUUUCUGGGGACCGAAACCUGGGACGAUGGGACACGACCCUGAAAUAGGCUCUGUCACCAGAUUGGAGACCAUUGGAAGACCUCUUCUAGUCUCUAUUUUCCAUUUCUGUAGGAUAAUGGGGCACAUAUCACUUUUGUUUAACCCAUUUGUAUAAUUCAGUGUGCCUUUCUAUCUUAUUGUUUUCCUAGUCUAAGUGUUCCCCACCCUCCUCCCGCAGCGCAGAAUGGGUUAAAAAACCCUUCUUCACUUACCAGAAUUCAGCACCAAUCUCCCUCAACGUUGGGUCAGACUCCAUCUUUGCUUCUGCUCUCCCAAAGUCAGCCGACGUCGGAGACCUAAUGCGCAUGCAUCAUAAGUGCUGCGAGCGUAUUAGGACAACCCCGCUGACUAAAUGCUUUCCUGAGUGGUUUUAGCUUAUGCUGGAUGUCCUCAUGCAAAAGUCGUCUAAGCACCCGGAAGCCCCUAGAGGUGCAGUUAACCUUGCAAUGUAAUCAGUUUUCCCAAUAUCUGCAAUAGUUACCAUUGCAGGAUUAAACUGACAGGGGCACUGCACCCAGACCACUUCAGUAAGCAGAAUUGAUCCGGGUGCCUAUAGUGUCCCUUUAACUAUAUGAUUAAAUAUAAUGAUUAUUAUCAUGUUUACAUUUCUCUGUUUGUUAUAUCCAGUGCUGGGAUAUCACCCUAAUUAGCAGAUACACAGGGGGAAUUCUUGCAACGCUGGUUGACAGGAAAUGACCUAUUGGCUCAAUUAAACAAGGGACACAUCACAUCUUCUGGGUAUUCAAGUAAGGAAGGGACAAGGAAAUAAAAUCAAAUGCAAUUUAGGAAAGUGGCUUCAAAGUCAGAAAAAUAAUUUGGAAACAUUUAGUAAAAACAUUAUUAGAUAAUGCUUUGUACCUCUAUACAAAACAGGAUACCUAGAGAUCACCCCAAACAACCCUAAAGAAACCUAUAUAUCAAUAAGUAUUUCUGAACAAUUCUUUGAAUCAAUCAUUUAGCGGGGUAGGUAUGUGCACAGGGAAAAUUUUCGGUUUGAUUCGGCAUUCCAAAAUUCGGGAAUUCGGCACUUCGGAACUUUGGCAACUUCGCAACUUCGCAACUUUGGCACUUCGGAAAUUCGGCAACUUCGGAAAUUCGGCAACUUCGGCACUUCGGCAACUUCGGCACUUCGGCACUCCAGAACUUCGGAAUUUCAGGACUUCCAUUGCAGCCGCUUAGUAUAUAACUCCCUAAUUCCCACGGUAUUAGGGAGCUAUCUACCAAAAGGCUGAAAGACCUAAAUUGGUCUUUCAGCCAAAUUUACUAAUAUUAAGUAAAAAUUACUUAGUAUUAGUAAAUUUUGCCCCUAAAUUUUGCGAGUAGGGGCAUGUCUAGUAAACAGUGAGCAGCCUGUGGCUGCUCACUGUUUAAAUAACAAAAACAAAAAAUAGGGUCCCCCCACCCGAGCCCCCACCCACGUUUAGGCUCAGAGCACUCUGAUUGGUGUGUUUAAGCCAUCCAAUCAGAGUGCUCUGACAGGUAAAUGAAGAGACUGACAGGUAAGUCUCUACAUUUCCCUUUCACGGCACUCUGAUUGGUUGGUUUGAAAUCCACCAAUCAGAGUGCUCUGUCAUUUUACACAGCGUGGGAAAGUUAGUUUGAAAUUUUCCACGCUGUGUAAUUUGACUCAUAACCCUCUGAUUGGUGGAUUAAGUAAACCCGCCGCUCAGGGGUGGGGCCCGGGGGGGGGGGCAAGAGGUUGCCCCUUUAGUUUAAAAGCACCCACUCGCACGCCGCGGGUGGGGGCUCGGGAGGGGGGACUUUUUUUUUUUUUUAACAGUGAGCAGCCACAGGCUAUACCGCGAGUAGGGGCAUAAUUUACUAAUACUAAGUAAUGUUUACUUAGUAUUAGUAAAUUUGGCUGAAAGGCCAAUUUAGGUCUUUCAGCCUUUUAGUAAAUAGCUCCCUAAUACCGUGGGAAUUAGGGAGUUAUCUACUUAUUCAUUCCUGUCAUUACACUGACAGGCAAAGUAACUUACAUUUUAUAUGAAUGUGUGUUACUUGAUUGUUGUAAGUGUUGCAAAUGCUUACAGCUGAAUCCUGGCUAUGUUUGUAUAGUUUUUAUUUAAAAUUAUAUACAAUGUAACAUUCUUCUUCUUUCACUGGGUAAGUAUAUUAGUACUUAGGCAAUACUGUGCUUCGGAACUUUGGCACUUCGGCACUUUGACACUUCGGAACUUCGGCAACUUCAGCACUUCUGAACUUCGACACUUCGGAAAUUCAGUAAUUUCUGAACUUUGGACAUUUGGAAGAACCGGAAUGUCCGAAUUGCCCGAAAUUCGUCCAAAUUCAUAUUCGGACUGAAACAAAUUGCACAUGUCUAUAGCGGGGAUCUGGAAAACUUUUUUUAAAUAAAUAAACUGAAACUGGAAUCACCUGGACACCAUUACCAGGAGACUUACUGUUGAAUAUUACCCCUAUUCUCUGAGUUAAUACACUCGCUCCCCAUCUCCCCGGCCAUAGAGAGUGGACAAUAACAUGGUCCCCUUAUCACUAGGCUUAAUGUCACUUUCUCAGUCAUUCCAUGGCCAUAGGAGAACCACGGAAUUCCAAUCCAACCUUCACUGACCACACUUCAGGGCCAUAGAGCAUCCAGUAGAUAGGUGGUAGGUCAAACCUUGCUAAUUACUAACCGUCAUGCCACACAAGAUGUGCGUAGGAGGAUAGAUUGGACCCUACAUUAAUUUAAUUGGCCCACCUCAUAAUGAGUAUAUUAACAAUUACUGACAAUAUAUGACCCUAUUUGUAUAAUAAUGAGAUUUUCACAGACAUUUUAUUUGCUGUUCUGAGUGAUGUCGAUUGUCUUGCUUUCUUUUCAUCAGCUCCUUCACAGCGGCCUUCCUGUUCUCCAUUGAGGUGCAGGUGACCAUCGGUUUUGGAGGGAGAAUGAUGACAGAAGAAUGCUUGCUGGCAAUCUCCCUCCUCAUCAUGCAAAACAUUGUGGGUUUAAUAAUUAACGCCGUCAUGCUGGGCUGCAUAUUCAUGAAGACCGCACAAUCCCACAGAAGGGCAGAGACUUUAAUCUUCAGCCGCCAAGCCGUGAUCGCAGUCCGAAAUGGAAAACUGUGUUUCAUGUUCCGAGUUGGAGAUCUGAGAAAAAGCAUGAUCAUUAGCGCAUCUCUGAGGAUCCAAGUUAUACGCAAAACGGUGACCCCCGAAGGGGAGGUCAUCCCUAUUCACCAAAUUGACAUUCCUGUGGAAAACUCAAUGGAAAGCAAUAAUAUCUUUCUGGUAGCUCCGCUAAUCAUCAGUCAUGUCAUUGACAAGAGAAGCCCGUUAUAUGAGGUCUCUGCAUCUGACUUGUCAACCCAAGAUCUUGAAGUCAUUGUUAUACUUGAAGGAGUUGUGGAAACUACAGGCAUCACCACACAAGCUAGAACAUCCUAUAUCACUGAAGAAAUUCUUUGGGGUCAUCGUUUUGUCUCCGUUGUAACUGAGGAAGAUGGAAUCUAUUCUGUGGAUUAUUCCAAAUUUGGGAAUACUGUUAAAGUGGCUGCUCCACAAUGCAGCGCAAGAGAGCUUGAUGAAAAACCAUCAAUCCUCAUCCAAACACUCCAGAAGAGUGAACUGUCCCACCAGAACUCUCUCAGGAAACGGAAUUCCAUGAGAAGAAAUAACUCUAUGAGAAGAAACAACUCAAUGCGGAGAAAUAACUCGGGACUCAUUGUACCCAAAGUGCAAUUUAUGGGACCAGAACAGAACAAAUGCUCCAUGGAUACAUAACAAACGUUCUACAGAGACUUGCCAUGGCAUGUUUUGUUGGGUUUUUUUUAAAUAAUGUUUUUUACAGAUUCAAUUAGCUCAUAUAAGACACACAUACAAACUUCUCUCUACACUAAUAAUAAAUAAAC